GGCUCGGUUGAAAGGGCUUAAAAUGUACUUAGCUUUGAGCACAGAAGUAUUUUUAUUUAUUUAACAUAUAAUUCAUAACAUUGGGCAAUUUCCAUUAUAGUUUACAACAAAUAAUACCUAAGCUCAUAAAAAGUGUUUUAUUCAUAUUUUUUAAUUUAGUGUCUUUUAAAAGCAUUGUUAAACCAGGAUGUCGUGUAGUCUUAGAAGAUUUUAUCAAAAAUUUCAAAUCAGACGUAUAGCUCAAUUGAACUACAGCAAUGCAGCAAAGGAACCAAACAAACGGAUAGAACUACCAAAACGCAAGGAAAACGAUGUUGGUAAACGAGGUCCUAUUACCUGGAAGAACCUUAUGAUAACAGGUGUUUUGGGAUCUGGCAUGAUUGCAUACUUAUUGUAUUUAAAAGAAGAACAAAAUGAAAAACAAAGGCGCGAAAGAAAAAAACAAUUGGGCAAGGCUAAAAUCGGUGGUCCUUUUGAACUAGUUGAUGGAUCGAACAAUAUUGUAAAUAGUGAACAGUUUUUGGGUAAAUGGAUGCUUAUAUAUUUUGGAUUCAGCCAUUGUCCUGAUAUAUGUCCCGAUGAAUUAGAAAAAAUGGCCCUAGUUAUUGACAAUCUUGAAAAGCAAGAAAUGAAUACCGGCAUCCAAGGUAUAUUUAUUACAGUUGAUCCGGAAAGAGACAGUCCUAAAAUUGUAGAAAAGUAUAUUAAAGAAUUUUCUCCAAAAUUCAUUGGUUUAAGUGGAACUUCCGAACAAAUCCAAAAUGUUUGCAAAAAGUACCGAGUAUAUUAUAGUCCAGGAAAAAAAGACUUGGACAAUGAUUACAUAGUCGAUCAUACCAUCAUAAUGUAUUUGGUCAAUCCAGAAGGCGAAUUCAUUGAUUACUUUGGACAAAAUAAAACCGCCGAAGAAAUAGUCGAACAUAUAUUAAUGCACAUGUUUAAGUUCAAACAAGAAAAAGGAUCAUUGCUGACUAAUACUAUGAACAAGAUCAAUGCAUUGACUAACAAAACGAACAUUUUUUAAAAAUCAAUUUUUUUUUUUUUAUAUAUAUAUUAUAAUCCUAGUAUAAUAACAUUAGCUUUUUCUGUAUCCUACAUCUGUCUGUU